AUGAGGACCUGCAUCAUCUCUGUGCCCAAGCUGCCCCCUGAGUUCUCCCUCCUCCAGGUGGUACCACACCACACCAGCAGCCUGCCCCAGGAGCUCUACAUCUUCCACUGCUCUGGUCUGCUUAAGACAUUUGACAUGAGGCUGGCAGUGUCUGCAGAUAGGCCUGCUGUCUGUGACAUGGUGAAGAGACUCAGUCUGCAUGUAGCCCUGCUGGAGGACGUGGACAUGUUCUUCAAGGCCAACAGAGACAUGCACUACGCCGAACACUUCCCGAAGGAGGCGCUGCAGCUCGCCCACAAAUCUUGCCUCUACCACCCAGUCUACCCCUCCUACCACAGCCAGAGGAACUCCUGUGCCCAUUACCUGACCUCUGUCCUGAACUGCAUGGUCCCGGUGCGCCCACGACGCCAGAUUGUUUACCCUCUGGACGAGCUGGGCGUCAACACCCCGUCCAAGCAGAUCACCAAGGACCAGGUGGGCACAGCAGCAGCUGGUGGACAUGUUUUAACAUGUCAGGGAAUGCAAAAUGGGAAAUACCCACUGUCUCCAGGUUAACAGAAUGAGCGUUAGAGUGAUGAUAUGAGACAGAGCUAGAGUAGGGAGAAAGACAGGAAGCAUCUUUAGUGUGAGUAAUUUACAUGCCCACAAGAGGGUGCUGCUUUAAAAUCGAUGGAUUCCCCACUUAGCAUGGAGUGUUUAUAACUGAUAUUUGUGUCAAACAGUAAAAUAUUGUGAUGGAUAAUA